ACCACUGCUUCAGCUCUCUGUGACAACAGCAGACAACAAUAUACAGAUCCGUGCAACCACAGUAAAAUAGUAGUAAUGGCACGAGGAAGAGGAAGGACUCUGAGGAUUAUGUUCCUGUUGACACUCUGUCUGCAAGACUUCACUGGUCAAUGCCAAGUUUCAGGGCAGCUCUCUGACCUGAGGAUAGUUCUGGUGGGGAAGACUGGAUCAGGGAAGAGUGCAACAGGAAACACCAUCCUGGGGAGGGAGGGGUUUAAAGAAGACUCCUCCCCUGAGUCUGUUACCUCACACUGUAUGAAGCAGAGUGGAGUGGUGGCUGGAAAGAAGAUUAAUGUGAUUGACACACCAGGACUCUUUGACACAAAAUUGACUGAUACRGAAAUGAAAAGUGAAAUAGAAAAGGCCAUCUACAUGUCAGUCCCAGGACCCCAUGUGUUCCUGCUGGUGAUCAGACUGGGGGUAAGGUUCACAGAGGAGGAGCAGAACACUGUUAAGUGGAUCCAGGAGAACUUUGGAGAAGAAGCCUCAAUGUACACCAUCUUGCUGUUCACACAUGGAGAUCAACUGAAGGGAAAAUCAGUGGAGGAGUUUCUGGCUGAGAGCAAAGAKCUACGGAAACUCAUCAAUAUSUGUGGGGGCAGAUAUCACUCCCUAAWYAAUGACAAGAGAARAGACAACACUCAGGUUACAGAGCUGCUGRAGAAGAUAGAGRAGAUGGUGAAGAAGAAUGGAGGAAAACACUACACCAAUGAGAUGUACCAGGCGGCCCAGAUAAAGAUCGAAGAAGAGGAGGAGAGGAAGAAACAGGAAGAGGAUAAGAUAGAGAAAGAGAGGCAACAGAAGGAGAGAGAAAGGAUCAAAAGAGAAGAAAUAUUGUCUCGAUGCAAGAUAUCAGCAUUGGUCAGUUCGGCCGUAUUGGGGUGGGGAUACAAAUUCUCCUCUCCAUUGUGGUUAGCAGCAGGGUCUGUAUCAGCCAUUUUUGAAGGUUAUCAAUGCAUGGACGCCUAUUUCAAUUGGGGCGGUUCUGACUCAAAAGAGCACGAGGAAUAGAACUUCACCAUCUCAGAUUGUUCUGAAGUUAAGAUUAGUUUUCAAGCUAUUUUUUGGGGGGGGUGGAAAUAUAAUUUGAUCACUGAGAAAUUAAGCUAAUUGACUGCACACAAAUUGGCUAUUUUAAUUGAUAAGAUAUUCAAUAAAUAUACACUAUAUAUACAAAAGUAUGUGGACACGCCUUCAAAUUAGUGGUUUUGGCUAUU